AUGAGUCAUGUAUCAGAACUUUUGAGAUCAUCUUUGAUAUUUGGUUCUAUAUUUACUGUUCUCUUUGGUAUAUCAAUCAGUUCUUUAUUUUUGGGUUUUACAAAAUAUGACGAAUGUCCAUUUCAACCGCUUCUUCCUCAAGGUCUUCUUGGUUUUGGAUUCAUAGGCUCAAUAUGUAGCAUUAUUGCUCUUAUUCUCGUAGUGCUGUCAUUCGUUAAAGUGGAUGACUCAGGUACUCACUUAUUGUAUCUACUUGGUGCGAUUAUACUUGUGAUGAUAUACGGUAUUAGCGCAUUUAUUUUGACAUCUAUGAUUGUCUUCUUGUUUCGCACAGACUACUCUCAUUGUCAAUUAGAAAAUCCAACAGAUCUUAAGUCAUUCUGCCACGCAUGGAUUUAUAAUUUCUGUCACGUUUUUGCAACAACGGUUGCUGCGUUAGCUUUGACGUUUUUUAUUUGGUUAGUCCGAUUCUUCGGUCAUAAAUUUUUCAAAUAUCUUGGAAAAAACUAA